AUUUGCAUGUGUUUUAAGUUUCCUAUAAAUGAGUAGGCAGUAAACGGGAUAAAUUUUUUAAAAGAGUAAUUCUUUGAUUUUAACGAAGACGUUAUAUGUUGCAAUAAACGGUGUAAAUCUUUAGACACGGUGUAAUUACUUAAGAGGAAGAGGAAGCAGUCAAUAUAUUUUGUAGUUGCUGUAAAAGACAUCGAAAAAAAUAGGUAUAACAACGAACGAACAUACAUAUUUGCAUUUGCUACUCGUCACAUACAACGUUGUGCUCCUGCUUUAUUCGUUACUGUGAAUGACGAGGCAUAAGUUUUUAACAAAAAAAAAUCUUUUUUGUUUUGUGGACCUAAGUUUUGCUGUUCCCUACUUAUGAAAAGAAAUAAAAUUAUCAAAAGAGGUUAUAUUUGCUCCAGUAUUCGUAUAAAUGCGCUAAUUAAACGCUCGUCUACCUUGUUUGGAGCAGCGACGCCUUUCCGAGGCAGUGAAUGUUAAGCCAAAUGCAGCAGUUUUUGACAAUAUGGCGCCAGCUCUCACUGAGCCAUUGAGUCCAAAAGAAAAGCUAACCAGCUCAGCGGUAACGGCAAGAGCCACUCCAACGACACGGUCUAGUAAAAAACCCGAACCCCUUACAAAUAAAACUAAUAACAAUUUUAACGUAGUUAAGUCUACAACAAACACACGUGAGAAACGCACACGCGCAGGUACUCUAGUGCAAAAUCCCAGUUCUUCAAAACGCCUUACGCGUUCUAGAGACGCGCAACAACCGUGUCAUUCAUCAAGAGUGAUAAGCAACAAUAACAAUAAUAAAAUAAAAAUAAAUAAAUUUCCUGCUGUUGUAAAAAAUAAUGAGCAAAUGGGCUUAAGUGCGGCCCUGUUGAAUCCCAACAAUAAUAGCAACAAAAAUAAAGGUAACAAGAACAACAAUAAUAGUAAUAUUAACGAUACUAUAUUAGAGUCAAAGGCGUCUGCAGAGAAAUCCAUCGAUUGCCAGGACAAUUCGACGGCACAACUGUUGGCUGAUUUGACAAACGAAGCUAUAACGGCAGAAAUUUGUUUACGUCAGCAAUUGAAAGACGUUAAUUUAGUAAAAUCUGCUACUGGGACGCCAAUAUCACCGGUGCAAACGGACGAUAACGAUAUUGUUGUUUUAAAAGCCGCUAUUACGAAUUUGGCUGCAAUCGAAACUAACCAAGAAAUUGCUGCGCACAUGGAGGCUGCGCAGUCUAAUGAAACUUUAGAGUCGAAAAGAAAACAGGAUCGUCCAACAUCAGAAAUAGAAGAAGUGGAAGAAAGUCAAACAUCGCAAAGCAAUAAUGACGACGAAAACGAUGUUAUUAAAAGCGACAGUGAAGAUAGUAGCGAAACCCAAACAAUUCUUGAAGAAACCGUUAAAAAUUUUAGGGAAAAUGAGAUGGAGCAAGGCUAUGAGGCGUUAUCUAAUCAAUUGGUUGCUAUGGUUUCAGCAACAGUUUCUGAAACAGAGCCAAAGAAACCGGAUACCUCAAAAUCAGAAAUUAUCGCAGUACAAGAACUACCACCGGUCAACACUGAUUCAACAAUGACGGCCUCAGAAGUAGAAGAUAAUUUAGAAGAGCGUCUUAGUCAACUAGAUGGUACUGCUAUAGAUUCUCCACCGCCAAAUCAAGAAGUGGAUACUUGUAAUUCCAGUGAUAAAAAUGAUGGAAAUGCAGUUGCAAGUACACCGCCACAUACACCGCUCAAGGAUGAGAAAAUACUUCAAGAAGAUGUUUUACAAUUACAACAACAACUGCAGCAAACGCCACCAACGUCUGCGUCCCCAUUACCGCAAAAUCAACAGAUGCUGCAACAACAGAACAAUUAUACGCCACAAAGUACUACGUCUUCACUAAAUACUCUGGGCAGCGGCAAUAUGCCGCCGGGUUUUAUGAAGGAUGCAGAAGGGGGGGAACUUGAGGACCAAGAUAUCGAAGAAGUCUUUAAAGUGUUAAAGGGGAUCGAGAGUGGCGGCACUUCGGAUUUAAACAUGUGCGACUUAAAUGUGCUGUUCAAUGAAGUUUACACUUCGCUUAAAAUCAACGAAGCUGAUAUGGGAGGUAGUGGGGGUACUGUUGGUCAUAUAGCAAAUGUUACCAGCAAUACUCCUUCUAUACAACCGCUGAAACCCGCAGAAUUGCAAGAGGGCCAAGCAGAAAUUGAAAAGCGGCAACAACAAAUGCAACGCAAAGUUGAGUUUAUGUUGAGGCGUAUGCGUAAGCUUCAGGCUCGUUAUAUCUGCAAGCAUGCAAGCGAAGAAAUUGCUGGCUUAUUUGAAUGGAGUGCACGUCAUGCGGGGAAAUUUAUCGGAAGUGUAAACAUCAAUGAAACUGGCGGAGUUAGUUUAAAUGCAUUGGCCCCUCAUGAAAGUAAUAAACAUCAGUGGAAAGUCAUAGCGGCUCGUCCGCCAGCUACCCUUUGGAAAGAAGAAAUCUCCAAUUUAGUACCGGCGACGCAGAUCUGCUCAUUUUUACGCAAACUGGAGACAGCGGCAAACGCGCAACAAUUGUGCACGGUGCCGAGUACAAGUUUUGCUAAUUUAGCUCUUCAUCAUAAGAAAACUAAAAAAGCCUUAUUGGAAGCACAAGCAGCCAUUGCGGCGGCGGCGAGUUCAUCUAUGUCCUCGGCUUUAGCAACAGCUGAUGGCAAAGCGGAAGACGUAGUAGUACCCACACUGGACGAAGAAGUGGCGGAUGAGUUAACACAAGUAGCGGGACUACUACAAACAGAAAUGAGCGAGGUGCAAAGGGCCAUUGAUUCAGACGCCACUGAAUCAAGUUCUGGAGGUGAGUCUGCUGAUGAGAUGGUCACAUACAACAAUCAGCAUCAACAGACCCUGCCUAUAACAAAACGCGCCGCCUGGCGUUAUUCACGCGACCGUGCUGCUAUUGCAUCUCGCUGGUCGUGGCUACUUUCACAAAUCGCCGAUUUAGAAAUUAAAAUACGCCAGCAUAGUGAACUGUAUCAGGAGAUUGCACGAACGAAGGGCGCGGUAACAUGCGGUUUACCUGAAAAUGGUCUGAGGACGGAUCCUUAUCCAACUCAACCAGAACACGAUAACAAAAUCGAAUUGCCAGAUUCUUGUCGAACGCGUGGUUUUGAAGCAAAACUGUUUCGCAAACGCAAAUUAAUACAAACUACAAAUAUACACACAAUUUCGAAAAAGGCCGCGCGACCGAGUACCAUUAAAUGUGGAUGUCAAUGGCCGUUGCAUCCUUGUGCUUUGUGCACUGGACGUGCAGAUCCAACAGCGCCUCGUGAUCCUCCUGAUACAAUGAUGAUGUCAGAUCGUAUAGCUUUGCUGGAUCCUGGCUAUCAUCCGGUCUUAAGCUUUCGUGAAGAUGUUAACAAUGCCUUACACUUUGAGGCUAUUGCCCGUUUGCCGGAAUGGCAACAUCGGGUUAUGCGUUGCCAAGCGAAGAGUAUUGCAAAAUCUGUGUGGAAAGCUGAACGGGAAGCUGCCGCCGCUGCAGGUUAUCAUUUAUCAAGAAAGCAUGGAAAAGAAGCAAUUCCUAAACGGAAAUAUGUCAAAAAGAAGGAUCGCCUUAAUGAAGAGAAAGCGGCAGCAGCCGCUUUGGCCAGGACAUCAAUGGGGCCAUCGAAAUCAUCAUCGUCAUCGGCAGCAGCAGCAGCAUCAUCAUCUUCAAUUGAUACGGGAAAUGGUACUGCAACUUUGUCUACUAGUUCUACGUCUACAACGCCACUUGUGGCCAACAGUAAAUUAUUUCUCCUCCCGUGCUACAUCACUCAUUCAACUCACAACUUAUAUGAAACACUUUCCAUCAAUAAAAAAAAAAAAAAAAAAAAAAAAAACAAUUUAAAAUGCACAUUUUUGUUUUUAAUGCCGCUCUUUGAAAUGACCGGGGGAUGUGCAGAGGUGACGUCAAGACUCUUAAAGAAAUCAUACUGCCAUCAGAUGAGCAACACAAAUCGAAUGAAGGAGCCGUUAACGUCGCCGUCUCUGAACAACAAUCAGCACAGUUCGGCAUUGAUAAACAACGGCAGCAACAACAGCUAUGCACCUCAACCAAGCGAUUAUCUCCAUCAAAGCUACGAUGCAUACAAACCCAACCAAGCACUUUCAUCAUUGAUCUCCCAACCCCUGAACAGCAGCUGCAGCAGCAGCAACAAUAGCAAGAACAAUAAAUAUCGAAAACACUCAACGGCAACAAUAUCACAGAUCCCUCAUCAAAUGCAGCAGCAUACUUACUCAACCAGUCAACAUAACAAUCACUAUAACAGCAAUAACGCAUUUGCCGAUACGAGCCUUCUACAUAGCACGCCCAUUAACGACAAUUGGGUAGAUAUUUCAACUCGUAGCCGAACCUCGUCACCAACAUAUGGCGUUGGUAAUUAUCCUAAAUAUGAAAGAAUGCUUGAUAGGAAGAAUCGCUCUUCGUAUGAUAUCGAUAAUAUUGUGAUACCGUAUAGCGUGGCUGCCUCAACCCGAGUUGAAAUAUUACCCUAUAAGGAAAUUCCAACGCCAAAGUGGCGCGUUAUUGAAAAUGAAAAUGAACUAAAUAACGAUAGCGAACAAGAUCAACUUGAUAUUUGUAAUAAAUCAGUAACCGAAAUUGAACAGAGUCAAUUGACAGCCAUGAAUGGAUUAUCGAAUUGUGAUCAAUCUAAAGCAUCAGAAAUGGCUAUAAAUGUUGAUGAUGAUGAUGGUGGUGGUAAUGAGCAAAAAAAGUCUAAAAUUGAUCAGAUUUGCGAUCCCGUUAAAAUCAAUAAUGCCAUCAUUAACGAAAAGAGCAGUGAAAAUAAUGUAAAUGAGAAAACAGUUAUAAUGCAGGCGGAAUUGUGCAGUGGAAAUCGUGAGGAUAAAAACUAUUUUGAUGUCACAAAAGAGCCAGAGCCAAAAAAAAUUAAAAUAGAUCAUCACGAUAACGAUGAUGAUGAUGAUGGUGAUGAUGAUGAUGAUGAUGAUAACGAUCAUAACAAUACUACAGAAAAAUGUAAUAUUUUUUCAAGUGAAGAAAAGAUCAACAACAAUCAUCAGGUUAGGGUUGUAGAUAUAAAUGGCGAAAAUGAUCAAUAUGACGACGACGCUUUCGCACUUGAAGAGGAUAUUUCCGACGAGGCAAUGAUUUUAAGGCAUGAAAGGGCACUAACUGAGGAACGUCGCAAAUUUCAGACCUACUUGAAAUUUCCUUGGAGUACCCGAUCUAGGGCAAAUCGUCGUAUUGAUAGUCGAGCAGAGUCAAGCGGUGCUAAUACACCUGAUCCAAGCUCUCCAGCACCUCAGAAUUCCGGUGUCGGUUGCGGAGAUCAGGAGAGUAUUCCAUCUCCCUUGACAUCUAAUUCACUGUUUAAUACUUUGGAUGCCACCUCCGAAGCUGGGGAUACUUCAACUUCAUUCUUAGGUAUUAACUCGGAAUAUAAUAAGCGAUGUGAAAGAAGGCGGACAACAUCUACCAAACGUGAUCGUGAAUUCGAGCGCCGCAGUGCAACGCCUGACUUUAAAGAAAUUGCACCACCUUAUGAACCAAUGACGUUUCCAUUAAGCGAUGAACUAUAUGAUGACCUAUUGCGCGCCAUGACUUACGAUCAAACGUUGGAAAAUAAACAAUCAGAUGAUUAUUAUCUAUCAACUGCACCUGUUUUAAAAUAUCCGCGUAACAAUCACAUGAAACGUGGGUCACGCUCAUCGACCGUAAGUGGUGGUGGAGGCGAUAAAAAUAAUGGUCGCGGCGGUAAAAUCAAUACUAAAAUUACGCGACCUAUGCCGGCUGACGAUGCUGCCGCCAUGAUCAAUGAAAAUGGUGAUUUGAUGGCAUCGAUUUAUAAUGAAAAUAUUGAUGAUGACGAUUAUCCGAGACAUCAUUUAGCGCCCAACGAUGAUUUGGGGUUCGCCGGUAGAAGUUUUAACAAUCAUAACGAUAAUGAUUACUAUGACGACGAAUAUGGAGCCUAUGUCGGUCGUAAGACACGUCAAGGACGUGGCAAUGAUAGUGAUGGUGAAAGCACCGAUACAGAUCCAUUUCAGGAUGACGAUCCAAACGACCCAGAGUGGUGCGGUGAAUCUGGGGAACGUAUACGUAAAAAACCGUAAAUAUGUAAAAUUGUUGAGGCACACAGGGUGGGAGAGGCAGGGAAUUUAUGAUUGUUUGUUAAAAUCUUCCUCCUAAUCAUACCCUGAGAGAGAAAGAGAGAGAGAGAGAGAGAGAGAGAGUUGUUAAAGCUCAAGCAAGUCAACAAAAUCAUUACUUUUUAUAUUAUCCUUAGCAUUUGCGUUGUUCAAGAAAACAAGAAAAGAAGGAAAACAACUAAUUAUCAAUUAAUUAUUAUUGGAUGUCAAUGGAAUGAGGCAAAAUAUGUUAAGAAAUUUUAAAAAAAAUUUUUCUUUUUGUAAAUAUUUAUUAAAAGAAAAAAAAAAAACCAACAAAAAUUAGUUGAUUUCCUCUUUUUUUUUUUCUCGUUCGGUUUAGGUUAGAUUUUAACUCUUAGCCAGUAACGUUUGUAAAGUCUCUCGACUUCAGCAAAAGGGAAAAACAAAACAAAAAAAAACAAAAAAACAAAAGCAAAUCAAAUGCCAGAUGUUUGUAAAAAUGCAAUGCAAAAAAAAAAAUUUUUUUUUUUUUUUUUUACAAAUAGUUAAAAAUGGUUUUUUAAUACUAAAAUUCGACCUACUUUGCACGCGUGCUCAGAUAUCAGCUUUAAAUUAAUUAAAUUAAAAAUUAAUUUUCUUAGUUUCAAGUAUGUGUUUGCUUUUCGCGAAUAAAUUUCAUUUUAUUUAACAUUUUUAUUAUAUUAAACUUCCAUUUUCUGUUGUUGUCGCAAUAGAGAAGAAAAGAAAGAAAGAAAGAAAAAAAAAAAAAAACAACAAAAAAAGGAAAUAAAAUUUGUCCUACUUCUAGCUUUUAUGAUGUAAACAAUAUAAAAUAGUUUAACAAUAGUUCUGUAUAAUAAAGAGAGUAAAUAAUAUUUUAGUUUAUUAUUAUUAUUAUUAUUAUAUAAUAUAAUUCGCAUUCUUUUUUUCUUUUUUUGUGUUUCUCUUUUCUUGGCAAACAUCAUUGUAUGCGUAAUGAGUGUGCAGUUUAUAAUUGCAUUAAAGAAAAAGAAAUAACAAAAAAAAAAAAAAAAUUAA